AUGGACGAUGCCAGGAGACGUGCCAACGUCAAAGUCAGAGGCAUUGCAGAAACAGUUAAUGACAGAGAGCUACCCCACUUUAUCCGGCGCCUUCUAUCUGAGAUCAUGCAACCCAAGCAGGUGAAAACCCUACAAGUGGACGGAAUACAUAGACUCUCCAAGUCUCCCAGGGCACCAGCGGACGCACCCCAUGAUGUCCUUCUCCGUUUCCAGACCACCCAGGAUAAACAGGCCGUAAUGGAUGCCGUUAAAAACAAGUGCCCACUUCCAUUUGAAGACUCCCAACUCACCUUCCUUCAGGACCUCUGCAGAGCAACGUUUGAGUGGAGGCGAUCAGUUAACCAGGUUACCAAGACCCUCCGAGAGGCAAGCGUCCAGUACAGAUGGGGCCCAUCUCGUACACUGGUAGCCACCCAGGGCGAGACCACCCGCCGACUCACAUCAGCGACAGACGCCGACCCCUUCCUUCGCAGUCUGGGACUCACGGGCCUCAAGAAGAAAGCCCCUACCCUUGGACAUUCCUGGGACGUACCUAACAUACCCCCUUUGUACCUCGCUGCGAGGCCGACACAGGCUGAGACACAACAAGAGGACUGA